AUGGACCUCAAGACGGUGCAGACGCCCGAGUGGCCGCAGCGCACCACGCCCACGCCGCCGACCCUCAAUCUGCCGGCAGUCGCGUCGCUCACGACCGCCGCGACAGGCGACCGCACCUACGUGUUGGACUUGCUGUUCGAGCCGUCGCAGCCGCUGCACAAUCUCGCCCUGCCUCUGCUCAGCGGCACGCAGUUCGCCUCCUAUGACGAUCUGAUUGCUGCUGUUGGCAUCCAGCUGACCGAGCUUGCCGAGAGCCCCAGCACCAGCGACACUGCGUGGUUGGAGCAGAUCCUCGGCGCCCAUCCGCGCCUUGGCGAGAAGAAGGUCGAGAGCGCACAGAGCAGGGCCGAGCAGGCCAAUCUAAGCAAGGCUGGCCCUGGCGCCGAGGCCGAAGCAGCGGAGUUGAAGCGGCUCAACGAGGAGUAUGAGCAGAAAUUCCCCGGUCUCAGAUAUGUUGUCUUUGUCAAUGGCCGUAGCAGGCCCGAGAUCUUCAAGAACAUGAAGGAGAGAAUAGAGAGGGGGGACGUAAACGCAGAGCGACAUGAAGCCAUCAAGGUAGAGACCCGCACGGAGCGAUAG